UCCUACGCCAAUGGUUGUUCUUGUUUCCGGCGUACCACGCGGUGUCGACUGUUACUGAUUGUUUGAAAUCUAAGAAAUAAGACUUAAGUUAUAAUUCUUUUAGAAAUAUGUCAAAGAUUGCUGGAUACGAUACGCACGACGAUGGUCCAGGUUUUGUUGGUAUAAGAUUUUGUCAAGAAUGCAAUAACAUGUUAUAUCCAAAAGAGGAUAAAGAAAACAAGGUGCUGAUGUACGCGUGCCGAAAUUGUGACUUCAAACAACUAGCGGAUAGCAAUUGCAUCUACGUAAAUAAGAUUAUGCACGAAAUCGAUGAAUUGACACACAUUGUUGCUGAUGUUAUAUCCGAUCCAACAUUACCAAGAACAGAAGAACAUCCAUGCCCAAAAUGUAACCACCGUGAGGCUGUAUUUUUCCAAGCUCAAACAAGAAGAGCAGAAGAAGAGAUGAGAUUGUAUUAUGUAUGUACAAAUCAACAUUGCUCUCACCGGUGGACAGAAUAAAUUAAAAUUUUUGUUGUUUAUUACGUUAAUGUAUUUAAUAAAAUAUUAUCUAAUUAAUAUAUAUCUUUGUAUCAUGUAACAGUAGUUAUACCUAAACAAUAAGUUUCCAUGUAAAUAAAAUAGUAUGUUUUUAACAAUAAUCUAUAUAAGAAAAAAAGAGGUUUUUAUAAAUGUAAAAAUAAAGGUAUUGCUACAAAUUA